CACGGACGGAGAUUGAUGAUGAGAUUGAUGAUGCUAUUGAAACUUCUGGUCGCAAGAGGUGCAACACGCAAGAACAACAACGACACGAAGCUGAUGUCGUGGCAUAGACUGAUGCAGUCUACAUCAUACCACCUGAGCAAUGAGCAUCACAAUGCCCAGCGACGCAGGUACGCGGGUGAGAUUAGGUGAAGACAGGCUCCCGUCCACAAUACGAACCAUCACCAUGUUCGCAUACCACCCCCAUGCUUUGCUGGGGAGUUGCUACAGUACUGCUCUGUGUUUGGAACAAUUCGAAGCGGCACAGCGGCAGAGUGGACGCCGAGGCGAACUCGGGGGAGAACUUCUAUGCCAGAUGAUAGAUGCCAUUGUGAUUGAGAAAGGCAAGGCGCGUGUACGCCCACUGCAGGGCAGUGCAGGACUGCAAGUCAACACGCUCCGCCCGGGGUCGUCGUCCUUGUCAUCACCCUUUAUCUCACAGUCUUCCUUAAUUCUAUAUACCAGAGGGCAGACUCUUGGCCUUCGAUAGCCUAUGAUGCCUAUCCCUGCUUCGCGGGAUUGCAGAUUAUGGGGACGCGAGGUACCAGGUGCAGUACGGGAACAAACAUCGUUCUGCUGAACCAUAUUCAUCACGGGCUCUACCGCGAAACCUAGGGCUGCUCUACAAAUCUCCACGAGAGCCCGGCCUCUUGAUGUUGGUUCCCUCCC